UUACAUUUGGUCUAGUCUAGAUUUAUUUCAAUGAAAUCGAGCAGUGAAACUAGAUACAAGGUCUGUUCACUUACCAUCUUUCGAUUGUGCGGUCAGUCUGGGAGAAUAAUUGAUAGUGGUCUUUUAGAAUGUUCACCACUAUCAUCUUUGCUUUGGCAGUUGUAACUAGUGGCCAAGCAGGACGACCAGGCAGGUAUCAGUCCCGCUGUUACGCCAGACCCAACUCCACCAUCCUGGACUACACUGUGACGGACAUCCAAAACAGACAGACUACCAAAGUCUCAGAUCUGGCUCAAGGAGCGCUAACUCUAGUUGUCAACGUGGCUACCUAUUGUCGUCUGACAUUACACUAUCUUCAGCUGAAUCAACUAUUGGAAGAAAACCAAAACUUGAAUGUGCUGGCCUACCCAUGCGACCAGUUCGGACACCAAGAACCAGGAGUUAAUGGCACCGAGAUUCUUAAUGGUCUCAGAUAUGUGCGCCCUGGCAACGGAUUCGUGCCCCACCCACGUAUACACAUGCUGAGUAGAGGAGACGUCAACGGCCAGAAAGAAGCGCCUCUGUACACAUAUCUGAAGAGUUCAUGUCCUCCACCAACACUGGCCAAGUUUAAGUCCCGUGAGAGUUUCUGGGACCCAAUCAAACCAAGUGAUGUGAGCUGGAACUUUGAAAAGUUUUUAGUUUCAGCUAGUGGGCUCCCUUUGUACCGCUUUCUGCCCAAUGUGGAGCCUUCAAGAUUUCAACCAAUCAUUAGUGCGCUCAGUGAACCAAACCAGGAGCCUGCUUCCCAGACAGAGAAAUUAAAAAGUUUGCUCAAUGCUCUUGAUGACAGCAUGGAGCGUGACCAAUCAGCAUGACGCCGUCAUUGAGGGAGGCAAACUGUCUUGGAAGAAUAGAAAUGUAAUAAAACAUUUUCUUUAGCAAACAAAUCUAUCUUUAGUCCUUUUUACAAUGAUUUCUCAUCAAGUGCAAUCAUAAAUCUGAUUGAAAUAUUCUAUGGUCAUCAUAAAUAAAAAAAAAGUCAAAGUUACUAUCCCCCCCCCCCCACCCCCCAAAAAAAAUCAGUGUUAUCUAUUAUUAGCGAAUAUUAGCCCAAAAUAAAACAAAGAAUAAGUUAGAUCUACUAGUAGGUUAAAUCGCAGAAGUAGGUUAAGUAGUAGAAGCCACAGAGAUUAAUGUCUCUGUUGAAAUUAGUGAGCUCAUAGGAAAAUGUAUUUUGCUUUGUGGUAAAGUAAAGUUCCCCGAUCUUACCUUAAGAUUUAUGGGGCAGAUGAUGUUAGGGCCCAUGUUUAACAAGGGUGUCAUGUGGCCAGCACAAUGACAAACCGCCUUUACUUUUCCCCAACUAAUGGCAGGUACCCAUAAAGCUCUGUGGAAUUAUUCCUUUUUUGUAUGUUUUAGAAUCUUAGUACAUUUCAUGAAUAUAUUGUUUACAGACAUUUCUGUGUUGUUCAAAAUAAAGGAAUAAGUCACCUACUCUCUACAUUUAUAGUAAAUAUUUUACUGACAAUAAAAAAACAACAAAAACAAAACAGAUUGAAUAACAAAAAACAAA